CAUCAAUGUAACAUUUUUACAAUUUCUGAUCAUGUUGAAUACGAUUGCACGUUUUCUUUAUCACUACGUAUUCAAGCGGAGCUCUACGUUCACACUUGGUGCCGUGAUUAGCGCGAUGUAUUUUGAGAGGGCAUAUGAUGACGCUUGCGAGUACAUAUUCGAAACUAUGAAUAAAGGGAGGCUUUGGAAAGAUAUAAAACAUCGAUAUGAAAAGUAAAUUAUGGAGACUCGAUAUAUACACAAUGAUCAAUCCAAACUUUUCAUUGAUAAU